AGCAAAACAACAAUGCCAAGCCGGUGAGGGAGGGAGAAGCAGGGUUCAAGAACUGGCCCUGAUGUGGCAAAGGACUUGAGGGCUACUUUUGAUACUGUUGUUUCUGGAACCUCUUUUUGGCCAGAAGGCCCUUCGAAGUUGGCUGGAUUUCAUUGUGGACGAGACGAAGAAUUUGUCGUGAGAAUGGAAAAAAGCUUCUUUCGGGCAGCUGUGAAUCGAAGGUGUUUGCUCAGAUAGGGUUCAGAAGUAAGAGUCCUAAAACUCCUUUUGCACUUGCUUCCUUUUUUGGUGAGAAGAAAGGCUGGUUGAACAGGCUUGGAGAAGCUGCAGUUCUGGCCAAACAGGUCCACCUUGCUGGCAGAGCAAAGUCGCAGCUUCAAAGCUUUUGAUCUCUGGAAUAAAUCGGAAGGACGUGCCUGUCUGUCGUGAGGGUGGAGGCUGCCCUGGGUGAAGAAGAGGCCACUUAGUGCCUGUAGCAUCCAGAACCUUCAGCAGAGGUGCCUGGUGGAACCUGACUCCAGGAACGGUACACCUGGGUGAACUUCUUGGCUUGGGAAAGACUGAGAGGCUUAUGUGGAGCUGCUGGUCGAAGUCUCAGUGCCUAGCCAAGAUACCCAGGAGGAAGGAAAAGGAGAAAGGCGAAGAGCACCAGAGCUGAAAUCUGCUGUAGCCAUGAGAUCAAUCCGAUCGUUUGCUAAUGAUGACCGGCACGUGAUGAUGAAACAUUCGACGAUUUAUCCGUCUCCAGAGGAACUCGAAGCCGUCCAGAACAUGGUUUCCACUGUCGAAUGCGCCCUUAAGCAGGUCUCCGAUUGGAUGGACGAAACGAGCAAGUCUUCUCGGAUGGAGGGCAACGUGGAGGACAAAGAGGAAACGGCCGAUGGCCGGAGUAGCAAGGAGCAAGGUGGCCGGAUCUUGUGCGGUGUGAUGAGGAUUGGUUUGGUGGCCAAAGGCUUGUUGAUAAAGGAUGACAUGGACCUGGAACUAGUCCUGAUGUGCAAAGAAAAGCCCACAGAGACCCUCUUAUCCCUCGUCAAAGACAAUCUACCUGUCCAAAUCCAGAAACUCACCGAAGAGAAGUACCACAUAGAGCAUCAUCCCAGCGAAGCGGCCAUCGUCAUCCGUAGCACAACGGGGCUCCCGCUGACCCUCAAGGUGACCCUCACCUCUCCGCUAAUCCGGGAUGAACCCGAGAAGAAGGACGGAGACAAUACCCCGGUGAAAGAGCCUCCGGAUUUACUCAGCAGGCAAAAGUGCCUCGAAGCUUUGGCGUCUCUGCGACACGCCAAGUGGUUCCAGGCCAGAGCGAACGGGCUAAAGUCGUGUGUGAUUGUGCUGCGAAUCCUGAGAGAUUUAUGCAACAGAGCUCCUACCUGGGCACCUUUGAAAGGUUGGCCCCUGGAGCUGCUGUGCGAGAAAGCCAUUGGCACCUGCAACAGGCCGUUGGGCGCAGGGGAAGCUCUCCGGCGGGUGUUGGAGUGUUUGGCCUCAGGCAUCCUGUUGCCAGGUGGGCCCGGCGUGCAUGAUCCCUGCGAACGAGAGCCAACGGAUGCCUUGUCUAGUGUGACUGUUCCACAAAGGGAAGCCAUAACCCAUAGUGCCCAGCAUGCCCUGAGACUGUCGGCCUUCGGCCAAAUCUACAAGGUGCUGGAGAUGGAUCCUCUCCCUUCCAAUAAGUCCUUCCAGAAAUAUUCGUGGUCGGGGGCCGACAAAGAAGGUGCAGGUUCUUCUGCCCUAAAGAGGCCUUUCGAAGACGGGUUGGGGGAUGAGAAAGACCCCAGUAAGAAAAUGAAGAGGAAUUUGAGGAAAAUCCUUGAUAGCAAAGCAAUAGACCUCAUGAAUGCCUUGAUGCGGCUGAAUCAGAUCCGGCCCGGCCUCCAGUACAAGUUGCUUUCUCAGUCGGGGCCCGUCCAUGCCCCGGUCUUCACCAUGUCGGUCGACGUGGACGGGACGACCUACGAAGCCUCAGGACCUUAGAAGACCGCCAAGCUUCAUGUAGCUGUGAAGGUGUUGCAAGCGAUGGGUUAUCCCACCGGCUUCGAUGCAGACAUGGAAUGCACGAGCUCCGACGAGAAGUCAGACACCGAAGGCAAAAAUGAGACUGUCUCUUCAACCACGAGCAAUAAUAAUGGCAAUUCCACAGUUGAUACCUCUGCAACCUUAGAGGUCCGAACUCAGGGUCCCAUCCUCACAGCCAGCGGCAAGAAUCCGGUGAUGGAGCUCAACGAGAAGCGGCGAGGCCUGAAGUACGAACUCAUUUCGGAGACAGGCGGAAGCCAUGACAAGCGGUUUGUGAUGGAGGUAGAAGUCGACGGGCAGAGGUUCCGAGGGGCUGGCCCCAACAAGAAAGUAGCCAAGGCCAGCGCUGCCUUGGCGGCUCUGGAGAAACUUUUCUCUGGGCCCAACGCGGCUGCCAAUAAGAAGAAAAAGAUUCUCCCACAGGUGAGAGGGGAGGGGCCGCACCGGAGGGACCCCUGUGCAAGCUUCUGAAGUCAGC